AAGGUCAGGUGUUUUGUGGGUUGAAACAUUUUGUCCCAAGAAUGUGUGUUUUAUAUGGAACAAAUAGGAGAGUGAGCGAGAGAGACAGAGUGUUCUUGUGUGCAUGCGUUUGUGUUGAUGAUGACGGGGCAGCAGGUUUGGGCAGGGUCAGAGUGACGUCUGGUGUUGGACUCCUGAGCUCCACUCUCACUCACAGAGGGAACGGAGACGACGACGGCACGUCAUCAGGUGGAAAAAGUCAGAAGUGAGAGCACACAACGUGACACAGAAGAAAGAAGCCAUCCAACAGAGACGAUGACAAUUGGCAAAAACUCCAAGAAGAGCUCUGUCCGAAGCUCCAUCCGGGCGCCAAAAUUCCUUGAUAAGUCCAACGGCUUCUACGGUCGCCUUGAUGAGAUUGACAGCACUGGAAAGAGGACCGGAGAGGAGAUGAUCAGUGGAGUUGUGGCCAACACAACACCUCAAAAUGUGAUUGACUUUUUGGGGGCGGAUGAGCGGGAAGAAGCGGAAGUCUUUGACUGUAAUGAAGGAAUGAUGGAAGAUGAUGGGGAGACUCUACUGCGGAGGGAGCCCGGCUGUCGCAGCAGCAGGUGGAGAAGAAGCAGGAGGUCCAGGAGCAAGCAGAAGACUCAGAGAGCCGUGGAAGCCUCAUUGAGUUCAGACGAAGACACCAGGCCGACUCUUCAGGUGGAGUUGGAAAAGCUGAAGAAAAAGCAAGAUGAGAUGGAAAAGUUUGGAAAUCGCAAUGACGAUGACCAGGUCCUAAUCAGAGACAAGAAGAGAGGGAGGGAGAAGGAAGCGGUGGAGGGUAAGGAGGAGAGAAGGAUGAAGAAAGAGCAAGAGGAGGGGAUGAAGAUGGUGAAGAGGAGCAUGAUGAAGAACUACCGCAAGAAUUUGGACCAAGCGCUCCGCCGCGGCUGGGAGACUUUCAUCGCCAACCUCUACAGUGUCACACUAACGCCUGUGCCAUCAUCCACAUCUUCACCAUCUUCUGCAUCGCAGAAGAAGCUUCAGCACAACCUUGUGUUAGCCGAGCUUCAUUAGAACUCAAUGGAGUCUUACUAUUUGCGUGCACAGAAAUGGUACUUAAUGAUGCCUUAAGAUCAUGUUUGCUGCCUGAUUACAUGAUGGUGCUGAGAGCCACGUUUUUUUUUUCCUGAGAGGAGCUGAGCUGUAGAUUAAACAGUGAAGUCAAAGAUCAGAUUGAGUUUAACUGCGUCUGGCUCCCCUUUAAUCACAGUGAUUAUCAUGCAUUUAGUAAUCUUUUAUCACAUGAAUGUUGCCCUCUCUGUUUGGCACGACACUAUGUAGCCGCCAUGAUGUUGAUGUGUGACCAAAUGGAAGAUUACAAGAUUACCAGUGUGACAGCUGAGUGGACUUUUGCCAGUAUUCACAAUCAGUGCUGCUCAUUGAUUUCUGGCUAACAGCAAUCAGUGACGGGUAACAGGAACAGACACGAAGACAAUCAUUUCUUAGUCAAACCCAAGUAUGGUGAGGUUAUUAGUUAGCGUAUUACACAACAUCUCAGGUCAUUCCACUUUUUGGUGUUUGACCUCUUGAAAGGUCUUCUCUCACUGUCGUCAGAUGAAGGUUAUUUAACUUGAACAGACGAGAUGAGAGUGUUUUUGUAAUCUGGUAUAAAAUCACUGACAAACCAGAAAGCACUUGUAUUACAACUGUAUAUACGGUAUCUUUAUUAAUUAUUGGUACAGUUAAUUUUGCAGUGUAAAAUAGACUCUGUAGAGUUCCCACUCCAAAUGAUAUUAAAUUAACUCUCAUAGUGUUAAAUCAAGUUGAUCGAUUCUUAGAGUUCAUGUAUAAUGGAUCUCAGGGC